AUGUGCGGAAACAGCGGUAACAGCGAGAAUGUGCUUUUGGUGCUGCUUCAUUGGGCACCAUCCGAAGAGUAUAUCAGCAGUUUGUCGCGAAUCAGCCCUGGGAUACGUGUGAUUGUACACCAGACUGCGAUGUACGAUACGGAAGUGCCCAAGGAAAUAACCGACGAAACCUGGGCGUCGGUCACCAUCCUGUUGACAUGGAAACUCGUUCCAGCCAAGGAGCAAGCACCCAAUCUUCGCUACGUCCAACUUAUCAGUGCUGGCUGCAAUCAGCUGUUCGGACAACCGAUCUUUGAGCAAACAGAUAUAGCUUUCUGCACCGCCAAUGGUGUCCACCCACCUCAAAUCGCUGAAUGGGUCUUUGCCACCUUCCUUGGUUUCCAACACCAUCUUCCGGAGCACUACGAUAACCAGAAAUUGGGCAAUUGGGUCGACCCGGAGUCAGACGAGGACACCGAGGAUGCAGUCGGUCUGCGGAUAGGGAUUCUGGGAUACGGCUGCAUUGGCCGUCAAGUGGCUCGAGUGGGCAAGGCUCUCGGCAUGUCCAUUCACGCGUUCACGCUGCAUGAGCGUCCCACGCCAGACUCCAGGAAGGACGAUUCAUUCACCGAACCUGGACUGGGAGAUCCCGACGGAGUUUUCCCGUCCAAAUGGUACCAUGGCAUCGAACAGCUCAACGAGUUCCUGGGAUCAGAUCUUGAUCUCUUGGUGAUUACCUUGCCCCUGACGUCUAGCACAUCCGGUAUGCUGUCGAGUGAGCAAUUCAACAUCCUUAGCAAAAGGAAGGCUUUUAUCAGCAAUGCAGGAAGAGGCGGUAUUAUCGAUACGAACAGCUUGAUCGAAGCUCUGAAACAGGGUAAGAUCAGAGGAGCGGCACUCGACGUGACCGACCCGGAGCCGUUACCGGAAGAUCAUCCACUGUGGAAAGCUCCUAACGUUCUCAUCACACCACAUUGCAGUGGCAACUCCAACCACUAUAACGAGAGAGUCCUCAAGAUCUUGGCGUACAACCUGGACCGUCUCACACGAGGUAUAUCCGUCGUGAAUCGGGUUGAUCGGGCUUUAGGCUAUUAG